UGACAAUAUGAAGAUGAUUAAGUUGACAUAGAUUAUAGUAAGUACUUUUAUAUUUAAUAUUUUAACAAUGUACCUGUACAAUAUGCCUACAAAAUUAUAAUUGAAUUAUUCUUAUAUUUUUUUCCCACCUAAAGUUCAGUAGACACUUCAACGACAGCGAUAAAUUCUAUUGUUCAGGCACCUCGCCACAAAAGUGUUUAUAUUUUAAUGUGAAUUAUGAGAGUGUGGAUUACAGACUUGAGACUUCUAUAAUCUAUAGUAUUGAAGUUUCAAGCCUGUGUCCUAGCUUUGGUGUGGAGUAAUAUGGGAACUACACAAAAAAAAUAACAACUGCAAUUUCGCCUUGAUAACAAAAUUGAGGCAAAUAUUGAUAAACAUGAUACAUGUUAUCACACUUAUCAGAAGCAAACCGCUGGAGAAUGAUAACGUUACUUAAACGUUUCAUAUCGCUGCACAUCGGUAUGAAACGCUCAUCCAUCUGGCGACGACUAUAAACAAGAGGUCCUGGGAUUUCCCAAAAGUAUCUCAGACCUAACAGUAUCGAUAAAUGACGACUGUUGUAGUGAGAAGUGACAGCAAACAUUAGCCGUUUUAGUCAAAUGACAAAUAAAGUGCAGACGCGCAGGCUCAAGUCGUUUACGUACGUGAAAAUUUGUCGGAAAAAAAAUAACUUCUUGCAAAAUGUGGACUUUAAUAAAUUUAUAUGAACCACCAUAUGAUAUUGAAACAACAGAAUUAAUACCAAAUGGGUGGUUAAUAAACAAUAAAUACUGUUGGUAUCCAAUAUCAUUCCGACUAUCUACAAUAAAAAGUCUUGCUAAAUCUGAAACUUCGCCAAAUUUUGAUCUAUGGGACAAAUGUAAGAUUGAUAUUCUUGAAAAUAAUAUUGAUAAUUAUGAGUAUGGCUUAAAAAUAAUGCACAGAGCAGCUAAAAAUAAACCAUUGCAUUCUGAAUGUGAACAAGAUAAAGGUCGAGGAAAAAGAAUUAAAAAAAAGUCUACAUUUUUAGAAUUAGGUAAACAUUCUAGCACCCCUUCUAACUCUGAUCAGGAUGAUGACAGCAAUGAUUUUGAUCAACAAUCAAAGAAGCGGAAGAAGUUAGAUCAAAAUGAAUUAUUGCAGUCAUUAGAAGAGUAUCCUCCAUUCCCAAUAAAUCAGCAAAUAGCAAGUACAUCCAACGAUGAUCAACCAUCAAAAAAACAAACAUUGAUUGAAAUUGAAGAUUUUUCAGAAAUAUUAGGAAGUAUAAUGAACAAAUCUACGACUGAAAAAAAUGACAAUGAAAAACUACAGAAUGAUGAUGAAUUAUUUGCUACUGAAAAGUUGAUUAGUUUUGAUUGUAAACUGUUACCAAAGAAAAAUAACCGUGGUCAUAGUUGUUUUUUUGAACAUAUCUCAGAUACAAAUGAUACUAAUGCUUUAAUAGUUGCUUUGGGCCAUACAAUUUGCAUGAUAUCUUCUGAUAUUGAAAAGUUGAAAAAAAAUUCAUUUUUUAUGAAAAAAGAGUUGGAAUCAUAUAUGGUUGAAUUACUUGACAGUCGUGCCCGUGAUGAUGGUAAAAAUAAUUCAUUUAUAAGUAACAAAUGUCAAGAAGAUAAUAUUUUAUCUUCUUUUCCUUUUAAAAAUGAAAAUGAUUUGAAUAUGAUGGAAAAUCAACUCAAAAGUGAAGAUCUACAUUUUACUAAUAAAUUGAUUUCAGCAUUUGUAUUUGCUUCCGAAGGGAAAACAAUUUCCAAAGUCACAAACAAUCUCCUUAAAACCAUCUUCACUAAUGAACUUGCAUCAAUGUACAGUUGGAAAGGUCAAAAAAAUAAAAAAAAACUCGAGGAUUUACACAUUUCAAAAGUUAUCAUCGCGGCAGUUCGUAAAAAAUUUGACAAUAUUCAUAAUUGCAAACAAGAAACAAUAUCAAGUAUUAUGAGUUGGAUGGCCCAGGCACCUACUAGAAUACAAAGGUCAAAUUCAACAAAAUCAAAUACUGCAGAUCCCAAUAACACUGCAAAUGCCGAUGAUUGAUCAUUAUUUUAUGCAUACAUUAGUAAAAAAAAUUUUGUUCCAUAAUUAUUAUAUUACAUGAUAGUUAAAAGGUAUAAUUAAUUCUAUCAUCUUCAGCAAUAACAUUUUUUAGUUUUUAUUACUUACUAACAAUAACUGCUUAUUUUACCUUAUAUGGUA